AUGUUGGCAGCACAGAGGCUAGUUCAAGUAACUCUGCAGCAUCCAUUAUAUCCAUUAGAUUAUUCAUUUCCGUUAAUUGAUGAGGGGUGGUUGAUUGUAAACCUUAAAAACAAAUCCAAGGUGAUGAAGUCUACUUCAAUGGUUGCUUUAGAUUGUGAAAUGGUUCUUUGUGAAGAUGGGACUGAUGCAGUAGUUAAAGUCUGUGCGGUAGACCAUAAUUUAGAGGUCAAACUAGAUGAAUUUGUAAAGCCUGACGUAAAAAUUGUAGACUACAGAACAGAGAUCACUGGUAUCACUUCUCAAGAUCUAGAGGGAGUGACUUGCUCUUUGGCUGAUGUGCAGAAAUCCAUGAAGAAGUUGUUAUCAAAUGGAACCAUAUUAGUGGGACACAGUUUGCAUAAUGAUCUCCGUGUGCUGAAGCUUGAUUAUGUCAGAGUCAUUGACACUUCCUAUAUCUUCCAAUCCUUGGAUGGAUCUAACAGGAGGCCUUCUUUGAAUAGUUUAUGUCAGGCUGUGUUGGGUUGUGAAGUUCGAGAAAAAGGUGCUACACAUAUAUGUCUAGAUGAUGCACGUGCAGCUAUGAACCUCGUUCUUGCAAAGAUCAAACAUGGUGUUGAUAAGGAAUUUCCAAUUUCAUUGGUUCAAGAGCAUGAUGCAAAAAUUGAUAUGGCAAAGCUUUUUAUUCACAAGAUACCAAACGUUUUAAACAUUGAAACACUGCAUGAAAUUGUUCCUGGAGAAUUCAAAACAGAACUGCAGGCUUCCAAGAAAGCUCAAGGAAGACAUUAUUCUGCCUUAGCUGUUUUUAAAAGUCCACAAGAGGCGGAUGAUGCCUAUGAAAAUGUCGAAGGAAGCGAAUCAAAGGAUACAUAUGGACGUCCACAGAAAUUUGUAAAAUUUCGUCAAAGUACUGGCUGGUUUGUCACUCUAUUUGUUCGGAAAAUGGUAACUGAUGAAUCCAAGGACCGGACUCAAUCUACUAAGAGGGCUUUACAAACGGAUGAGGCGGUUGAUGUUUCAAAGAAACCAAAGAUAGAUAAAAAAAUUGAAGAGGAUGCGCCAGCAGGCCUUAACAAGUGUGACAGUGAUUCCCAUUUAAAAGAGAUUGAAGCACUGAAUCAACGAUUAAAGCAUUUAUAUGAGAUUGAAGCACUGAAUCAACGAUUAAAGCAAAGUGAAUUGGAGAUUGAAUCAUUGAGGAAACAGCUUACACAAAAAGAUUUUGAAAUAUCCUUGCUGAAUAAAAUGAUAUCCUCCUUAGAUAAGCGAAAGAAGUUAAAAAUGUAG